CAUAAGACAUUCGGGAUCUGCUCCAUCAUGACCCAGACCAUGAUAAUGCGCUAUAUGGAUGAUCACAGGCUUGCCAGCCUGCUGAAGGCGCUCUUCCCCAGCCAACCCUGUAGAGUUCAGAAGAAAAAUGGCCACAUAAUCGUGGAAGCACCAAGAACUUUGACUAAGGAGGAACUAGAGAGUUGCGUAUGUGGUAUAUGAUCCCCGGGUGCUCCGAGGGCCUUGGGGGGUAUUUAAGUAUUCAUGCUGAGCCCAUUCGU